CCGGAAGUGUGUUAUAACAGCUGGUUUAUUUACGUUUCGUCAUAUAUAUGUCUGCCGUUAUGUCAAACAUCUAAAAAAAUAUGGAACACGCAAAUAAACGAGAACUAUUGUCCACUGUUAACAAACAAAGGGAGCAGUUAACUCGAUAUGAAAGUCGCCUGCGUGAUGUCGUCGCUGCGUAUAAGGGCUUGAUUAAGGAGAAGGAGGCCCUCGAAGCUAGCCUGAAAGCCUUAACUGCAUCGAAUGCUUCUGACAAGUCUUGUAAGACAAACAACGAAACAAAGAAUGAAGAGACCAACACCAAUAGUGCUUCCAUUCCAGGAGUGGAGGUCUGUUCUUCCAAACAAGGAACAAACCAGAGUGAGGAGACUGUUGACCAUCUGCGCACUCAGCUUGCAACUCUAAUGAACUCACUUGCUACACUCUCUGCUGAGAAAUCUCGAAUGGAAGCAAACUUUCAAGCAGAUAAAAAGCAACUUCGGUCAGAAAAAGAAGAGCGUGAGAGAGUAAUUAAGGAUCAACAGGAGAAACAUCAACAGUCCUUGCACCUUCAUCAAUCAGAGAUGGAAACUUUAAGAUCUAAACUUAUAGCAGAACGUCAUGAACGAGAGAAGGAACAGAACGAUCACGGUGUAAUGAUCAGGUGGGAUGCAUUCCUACAAAAAGAGAUGAAUUAA